CCGCGGGGCCGCGGGAAGAUGUCCGCGGAGGGCGGGCGCGGCGCGGUGCGGGUCGUGUUCCGAGCGCUGCCGCAGAAAACCUUCUCCUGCCUGCAGGACAGGAACAUCGCGGACCGACUCCUCAAAUGGUCCAUGCAAGGCAGGAUCACAGCACAAGCUUUCAGUUUUGACCAGCAGUUUAAGCCCUAUCAAAAGGAUGAGUUUCUUAUGGCAUUUUUUAAUGAUCAAAGUGUGAACUCCAGUUUAAAGUUGCUGUCAGCUUCAGGACAAUGGACCACAUUGGGUUCCAAAGUGAUAAAAAUUGAAGCUACAGUGGUACCCUGUACACAGAUUUCCAUGUCAUUUUUUGAUCGGCUGUACUCUGAAGGAAUUGUUAGAGAAGCUGGAACUAUUGUGAAAUGUUAUGAUGACUAUUACGAUGAUAUUGUUAUCUCUGAUGAAUUAAGGAAGGUCUUGCUUCUGGAGGAUUCAGACCAUUAUGACUUAUUUACUCAAUUGGAUCGCGAGGAAUUUCUGUUCUGUCUUUUUAAGCAUUUUUGCAUUGGAGGAACUCUUUGCCAGUUUGAAGAUGCAGUUGACCCAUACUUAGAAACUACAAAAGCUUUUUAUAAAGACUUGGUGAGUGUUCAAAAGAACCCUGAAACAAAAGAAAUACAUAUUAUUUCUACAGUCUUCAAAGUGUCUGCAUAUGAUGCUAAUGGCCUGUGUUACCCUUCAAGCAAAAGCCACCAACAGACUUUUGCCUACUUGAUUGUGGAUCCCUGCAAGCGACACGUGAAUAUUCUGUAUCACUGUUUCGGUGGAAGCCUAUUUACAAAUUAGUUAUAAACCUGGCUGGUCUGCAGUUUUAUAAUGGAGAUUGCCUUCUUUCUGUUGGGCUCAGGUAGACAUUGCAUAGUUUUCUGACGAGGAAAGCUACUCCUUGAAGUGCUCGGAAGUGGUUCUCGUUCACUCGGAUGUUACUAUGUGGUUAGUGACAAAAGUUUUCCGGUAUUUAUAGUUCUUGGAGCUGUUUUCUUGGCCGUUUCCCCCUUCCCUCCCCGUUUUAUCUAAUAAAAAGUAUUGCUCUAGA